AAGUGCGAAGAAACAGCAAAUAAGCAUAAAAAAGUCGUCAAGUAUAAAAGCAAGAGUCAUUAGUCCCCAACUUUCAACCUUCCAACUUUUAACACAAAAAGGCUACGGAGCAACGAAUGGGGCAUCAGAAUCAUAAUCUCCAUCACCCUCACCCAUACAACAUCAAACUUCUCCAUUCCUCACUUCUCCCAUUUUCCAAACCGUAAUUCACGCUCUCUCUCUCUCUCCGGUUCGGUUCUUCUCUAGGGUUUUACUUUGGCUGCUUCUCUGCUUUGCUUUGCUCUUCUACGAGUUGAAGUAAAAUGUGCAUUUGAAAGUGUGAAUUUUUGAGGUGAGGUAUUAGCUGACUGAAAGAAAUGGAGAAGAUGAGGAGUUGGUUCAGUAAGUUCAAGUCGAAAGACAAGUCAAAGCCUUCAAAGAGCAAUGAAACCACAGGGAAUGGGAAGGAGGUGUUGAAAGUGCCGACGAGUGAGGAAGUGCCUUCGAAUGUGACAAAGCAAAAGGUUGCUGCUGCAAAGCAGUAUAUCGAAAACCACUACAAGAAGCAGAUGAAGAGUCUGCAGGAGAGGAAGGAGCGACGCCAUGUACUUGAAAAGAAGUUGGCUGAUGCUGAGGUCUCUGAGGAAGAGCAGAACAACUUGCUAAAGUUUUUGGAGAAAAAGGAAACGGAAUAUAUGCGACUUCAAAGGCACAAGAUGGGUGCUGAUGAUUUUGAGCCAUUAACGAUGAUAGGGAAGGGCGCAUUUGGAGAGGUUAGAAUCUGCAGGGAAAAGGCAACUAGUCAUGUAUACGCUAUGAAGAAGCUUAAGAAAUCAGAGAUGCUUCGCAGGGGCCAGGUUGAACAUGUGAAAGCUGAGAGGAAUCUACUUGCAGAGGUUGAUAGCAAUUGCAUCGUUAAGCUCUACUGUUCCUUCCAAGAUGAGGAGUAUUUAUAUCUCAUUAUGGAAUAUCUACCUGGUGGAGAUAUGAUGACUUUAUUGAUGCGCAAAGAUACACUGACAGAGGAUGAAGCCAGGUUUUAUGUCGGGGAAACGGUCCUAGCUAUUGAGUCCAUCCAUAAACAUAAUUAUAUUCAUAGAGAUAUCAAGCCAGAUAACUUGCUACUCGAUAGACAUGGUCACAUGAAAUUAUCAGAUUUUGGAUUAUGUAAACCACUAGACUGCAGUAAUCUCCAAGAAAAGGAUUUUUCUCUUGGAAACAACCUUAGUGGGGCUCUUCAGAGUGAUGGACGUCCUGUGGCACCAAAACGCACACAACAGGAGCAACUUCAGCAUUGGCAGAGGAACAGGCGAAUGCUCGCUUAUUCUACUGUUGGAACACCUGAUUAUAUUGCCCCAGAAGUUUUGCUGAAGAAAGGAUAUGGGAUGGAAUGUGAUUGGUGGUCUCUUGGUGCUAUCAUGUAUGAAAUGCUCGUGGGAUAUCCACCUUUUUAUUCAGAUGAACCUAUGUCAACUUGUAGGAAGAUAGUUAAUUGGAGAACUCAUUUGAAAUUUCCAGAAGAAGCAAAACUGUCUCCAGAAGCAAAGGAUCUGAUAAGUAGACUGUUAUGUAAUGUUGACCAGAGGCUUGGAACAAAAGGCGCAGAUGAAAUAAAGGCCCAUCCAUGGUUCAAAGGCAUUGAAUGGGACAAAUUGUAUCAAAUGAAAGCGGCAUUUAUUCCUGAGGUCAAUGAUGAAUUGGAUACUCAAAACUUUGAGAAAUUUGAAGAGGCUGACAACCAAAUCCAAACUUCUUCAAAAGCAGGUCCAUGGAGAAAGAUGCUGUCAUCUAAGGAUAUCAACUUUGUUGGUUACACAUACAAGAACUUUGAAAUUGUAAAUGACCAUCAAUUACCUGGGAUUGCUGAAUUAAAGAAGAAGAGCACAAAAACAAAGAGGCCGUCCAUCAAGUCCCUUUUUGAUGACGAGUCAGCCAAGGCUGCCAGUCAAACUGUUCAGGGGAGCUUUAUGAACCUCUUGCCUCCCAAAGUAGAAGUUCCUGAGAAACAGGACAAUCCUAAUAAGCUGCACUAAUUUUUUUCACGUAACAUCUGAUGGCCAUUGGAUCCAAUAAAAGAUCCGCUUUGUUCUUUGGUGAAUGGCUUUUGUUUUACUGAUUCCUGCAUUUGGUUAUUUUAGAGUGAGUUUUUGGGGCAAAGGCUCCAGACGAGUGGUUUGGUCUCUGUAAAAUGGCUUCUGGAAAUAUAUAUAUAUUCUUUGAGAACUCGUGUAUUCUUUUCCCUUUUACCUUCCUCUGUAGAGCUGGGAAAAAAAUCCGGUGUAUAAUACCAGCAUCAUUAUUUAUGUAAUUAACUUACUGUUAGUAUUGGUGAUAGUUGUACUGUUUCCAUAUGAGGGGGGAAAAAAAGAUUUUAAUUGAUAUAA